AUGCCUACCUUCCACACGUUCCUCCGCGGCCUCCUCAUCCUCACCCUGCAUCUGCAUGCUAUUCCUCUUGGUACUGGUGCAGCUGCAAGAGACGACGACGACACUCUGAUGCCAGGCCAGGCGUUCACCGUGGGCAACAAGCUCGUCUCCAGCAACGGCAAGUUCGCGCUGGGCUUCUUCCAGCCCAGCGCCGGCAACAUGAGCAAGCCGUCGUCGUCUACCUCUCCGGCCGGCUGGUACCUUGGCAUAUGGUUCAACAAGAUCCCUCUCUUCACUCCCGUCUGGGUCGCCAACCGGGAGCGGCCAAUCCUGGGGCCCUAUCUAAGUGCAACGCAGCUCCAGAUCUCAGUAGAUGGCAACCUGCUUGUCAUCGUCUCAAACAACGCCAACACCACACAAACACAAUCCGUCGUCAUCUGGUCCACCCACAUAGCAAAAGCCAACAACACGGCAACCUGCAGAGCCAUCCUCAAGAACAAUGGAAACCUUGUCAUAGAAUCAUUAGAAAACUCCUCCAAUAAUGCCACGGCGAUGGUGUGGCUGUGGCAGAGCUUCGACUACCCAACCAACGCGUUGCUCCCCCACGCCAAGAUCGGCUGGAACAAGGUCACUGGCCUCAACCGUGUGGGCAUCUCAUGGAAGAGCCAGAUCGACCCAGGCCUCGGCUCCUUCCACGUUGGGCUGGAGACCAACGCCACCACCAGGAAUAACGUCACCAUCAGGCGCCGGAUCUACCCCUACAAGACCUACUGGUGGUGGUCGCCCGACACGGCAGGAGGGAUGAAGAUCCCGGCGCUCAGGGCGCUGCUACACAUGAACCCGCAGACGAGUGGGCUGGUCGUCCCGGAGUACGUCGACGACAGCGAGGAGGAGUACUACAUGUACACCUCGCCGGACGAGUCCUCCUCCACCUUCUUCUCCAUCGACACGAAUGGCCAGGUGAAGAUGAACGUGUGGUCACACGCCAACCAGUCAUGGUACAGCAUCUACGUCCAGCCCGUGGACCCCUGCAGUCCCUACGCCACCUGCGGACCCUUCACCGUCUGCACGGGGAGCUCAGACCCGCCCUGCGAGUGCAUGGAGAGCUUCUCCCGGACGUCACCCCAGGACUGGGAUCUCGGUGAUCGGACAGGAGGGUGCUCCAGAAACACUCCCUUGGACUGCAGUGCCAACACCGGCGGCAGCAGCUCCACGGACGUGUUCCACCCCAUAGCUAGUGUCACGUUGCCCUAUGGCCCCCAAACCCAAAGCAGCCUGGAUACUAUGACCAGGAGCGAAUGCCAGCGAGCCUGCCUGAGCAACUGCUCCUGCACUGCUUACUCCUACCAGGACACCAAAUGCUCUGUCUGGCACGGCAAGUUGUUCGGUGUGAACCGGGAUGAUGGCAUCGAGAUCAGCUCUGAAGAUUCAAUCUACAUCCGCCUCGCCGCCGGAGAUUUUUCAAGCUUGACGCGAGGUAUGACAAGAAAACCACUACCUAUUGGUGCCAUUACUGCUGCAAGCGUAAUCGGUUCUGGGGUGCUGCUAAUCGUCAUACUGAUGAUCUCAAGGAAGAAGAGGUUCAAGUACUGGUGUGGUGUGUCAUCACCGGCGCCAACCAGUCAAGCUAGUGUUGGAGUUGCUGUCUUCAGCUACGCCGAUUUAGGUCGUGCUACAAGGAAUUUCUCAGAGAAGCUGGGAGCAGGAGGCUUUGGUUCCGUAUACAAGGGAGUAAUAAGUGGCCUCUCUACCGUAGCGGUGAAAAGGCUUGACGGUGUCCGCCAGGGAGAGAAGCAAUUCAGGGCAGAGGUGAGUGCACUUGGACUCAUCCAACACAUCAAUCUGGUCAAAUUGGUUGGUUUCUGCUGUCAAGGUGAUAAGAGGCUGCUUGUGUACGAACAUAUGUGCAAUGGUUCUCUUGAUUCCCAUCUCUUCCAAAGGAAUGAUGCUGCGGCUGUCCUAGACUGGAGCACCAGACAUCAUAUAGCUAUUGGGGUUGCUAGAGGAUUGUCCUACCUCCAUCAGAGUUGUCGCGAAUGCAUCAUACACUGUGACAUCAAGCCAGAAAACAUACUUCUCGAUGAAUCCUUUGUACCUAAAAUUGCAGACUUUGGGUUGGCGUCGGUCGUAGGCAGGGAUUUUAGCCGGGUUCUAACUACAUUUAAAGGAACUAUGGGGUAUCUUGCCCCAGAGUGGCUCAGCGGGGUUCCUAUCACGUCAAAAGUUGAUGUUUAUAGCUUUGGCAUGGUACUGAUGGAAAUCAUAUCAGGAAGAAGGAAUGCAUCUGUUGUAUCCAACACUACCAGCAUGGACCAUGUUUCUUAUUUCCCUGUGCGUGCCAUGGGCCAGCUUCAUGAGGGAGAUGUGCAGAGCUUGGUGGAUCCAAAUUUACUUGGAGACUUCAGCUUGGAGGAGGCUGAGAGGGUUUGCAAAGUAGCAUGCUGGUGUAUCCAGGACAAUGAGUCCGACCGGCCAACAAUGGGUGAAGUAGUUCGAGUUCUUGAGGGUCUACAGGACCUUGAUAUUCCUCCGAUGCCAAGACUGCUUGCUGCUCUUACAGAAUGCUCCAGCGUGGCUGCAAUGUAA